CUCACAGGCGGUGUUGUUGAUGACUGUUUCCGGUCCGUGUGACGUCUACUUCCUGUUGUAUUUCAUAAACCCAUUACGUAUAGAAGGAAGGAUGCUGUCCCUCUCUCGAGCUGUGGUGAGCGGGGUGGCCCGAGCCCCAGCUGCCGUCAGUCAAGGAGGGGUGACUGCUAUCUCCCGAUUCAACAGCACAGCACAGAGUGCUCCAAAGAAAACUUCAUUUGGACCGCUGGCAGAUGAGGACAGAAUUUUCACAAACCUUUAUGGCCGUCAUGACUGGGGGCUGAAGGGGGCUAUGAAGCGUGGUGACUGGUACAAAACCAAGGAUAUCCUCCUGAAGGGAGUCGACUGGAUUCUCAAUGAGAUCAAGGUCUCUGGCCUGCGUGGGAGAGGCGGAGCUGGUUUCCCUACUGGCAUGAAGUGGAGCUUCAUGAACAAGCCCAGCGAUGGCAGGCCAAAGUAUCUGGUGGUGAAUGCAGAUGAGGGAGAGCCCGGCACCUGUAAGGACAGGGAGAUCAUGAGGCAUGACCCACACAAGCUGGUGGAGGGCUGUCUGAUCGCCGGGAAGGCCAUGGGGGCACGCGCUGCUUAUAUCUAUAUUAGAGGAGAGUUCUACAACGAGUCAUCCAAUCUGCAGGUUGCUAUCAAUGAGGCCUAUGCUGCUGGGCUGAUUGGAAAGAAUUCCUGUGGCUCUGGUUAUGACUUUGAUGUGUUUGUGAUGCGUGGUGCUGGAGCUUAUAUCUGUGGAGAGGAGACCGCUCUUAUUGAGUCCCUGGAGGGAAAGCAAGGGAAGCCCCGCCUGAAGCCCCCAUUUCCUGCUGAUGUGGGGGUGUUUGGCUGCCCUACAACUGUUGCCAACGUGGAGACAGUAUCCGUGGCUCCCACCAUCUGUCGCCGUGGAGGGUCAUGGUUUCUGGGCUUUGGCAGAGAGAGAAACUCCGGGACGAAGCUCUUCAACAUCUCAGGACAUGUUAACAACCCCUGCACUGUGGAGGAGGAGAUGUCUGUCCCUCUGAAAGACCUCAUCGAGAGGCAUGCAGGUGGAGUGCGUGGUGGAUGGGACAAUCUGCUGGCUGUAAUCCCCGGUGGCUCUUCAACACCCCUCAUUCCCAAGAAUGUGUGUGAAGAGGUGCUGAUGGACUUUGAUGGCCUCCUUCAAGCUCAGACUGGGCUUGGCACGGCUGCUAUUAUCGUCAUGGACAAAUCAACUGAUAUUAUCAGAGCCAUUGCACGUCUGAUUGAGUUCUACAAACAUGAGAGCUGCGGCCAGUGCACACCGUGCAGAGAAGGAGUGGACUGGAUGAACAACAUGAUGUGGCGUUUUGUACGUGGUGAUGCGCGACCCUCUGAGAUCGACAUGAUAUGGGAGCUCAGUAAGCAGAUUGAGGGUCACACUAUCUGUGCCCUGGGAGAUGGUGCAGCAUGGCCAGUGCAGGGAUUGAUCAGGCACUUCAGGCCUGUGAUGGAGAGCCGAAUUGCUGAAUACCAGCAGCAGGCCAGGGCUUAAGUGGCUCCUUUCUGCUCCUUGAAUUUCUUCUUCCGCCUCACGCUCUCAAUCCCAUGUUUGUGUCAGUGACAAAUUAUUUAAAAGAUAAUAUGUUAUCACCUAAUCAUCAAGUUUUGCAUUGAUGUUUCUGCCUUGUCUCAUCAUAUUACCAAUAAAGUUCUAUGAACCUUAAA